CGCAUUACACGCGAUUCGGCACUCAGGAUCGCCAGACGCCUCGGUCUGGGAUAACAAAUGAAUCACGCAAAAUUAUGCCUAUGUUUUGUGCUUGUGGUGUUAACAGUGAAUCUAAUAGAAUGUAAGGGUGGGCACGGAGGAGGAGGUCAUGGUGGGAGUCAUGGCCAUAGCAGUUCCGGUCACAGCAGUCAUUCAAGUCAUGGAAGCCAUAGUAGUGGAGGAGGAUGGUUUUCUGGGUGGUCCUCAGGAGGCUCCAAAAGCUCAGGAAGCAGCAGCCACAGUUACCCGGCUUCUACAGGAUAUUCCGGCCACGGAUCGGGUGGAUCUCAUACUUACCCGAAUUCGCAUGGAUUAUCUGGUUCAGGAGGCUCAUACUGGAGCUCGUCACACUACUAUAGACCAAGUCGACCCACCUACUACACGGCGCCGCAGUAUGUUUACGUUACAAGCUAUCGGGAAACUCAAAGCCCGUACAGCAAUCUUUUGACUGGGCUCACGAUGUACAACUUGGGACGCUCUCAUCAUUAUGAUAACCAUUAUUACAACGAUGGCUACCAGAGGAGCGGCAGUUCUGGAGGAUACUACAAUCAUCAUUCGAAUACCGGAUCGGAAUGGCAAAAUAAUAAUGCCGCUGGAACUAAUGAUGAAGCCAAAUGCGUGUUGAAGAUUCAGAAAAACGGAAAAUUAGAAGUGUUAUCGAUUCCAUGUGCUAUAGUGUCAACAUUCGACAAUGGAAAUCAUACGUCAAACGAUGCUGCCAAGGAAACAACCGGAAUUAGUAACUGUACCAGUGCAGUAAAUAUGAAUAUGACCAUGGAGUCUAUUGAUAUCAAUUCGACUUCUGUAAAUAACACGGUCGUUAACCCUUGUGUUAAUCAAACGGUGGAUAUAAAGGAUCCUUUGUCAGUAACCGGAGCGCCAAUAGCAGAGGCAACAAACAUGGAAUGCUCAGUAGAAAUCAUAACUAAACAAAACGUGAUACAGAACUCUGUGGAUUGUAACACUCUUCUGAAAUAUGCAAAAAUGGCGGUUCCUGAAGACAAAUCUACCAAUGUAUUGCCAUCGAGGGAAGCGCUGAAGACUAUGCUGAAUAAGCCACCAUGGUGGGCGUCUCUUUUAAUCGCAGUGGAGGCGGACGAGGUGGUGGCGGUCGCGGUGGACGUGGAGGAGGCGGUAUAUUUGGCAGCAUUUGGGGAAAAAGUUCUUCCCGACACACUUAUCCAGCGUCUACCGGAUAUUCUGGCUGAAGAAAAGGCUAAUGAAGAUAAAGAUGAGGCGACUUGUCUUAUGAGAGUUACAGAGGACGAAAAAGAGGAAGUUUUAAAGAUUCCUUGUGCUAUAGUGACAACAUUUGCAGACGGCAAUCGUAAAUUACCUUAUGCAAUGACAGGUUCACCGUUGGACGCGAAUGUUAUGAACUGUACGGUUGAGAUCUGGACUCGUCAAGAAGUGAUUAGCAAUGAAGUCGAUUGUGAAGUUCUGUUGAAAUAUGCGAAGAUGCCGGUGCCUCAAAAUAAGGAUGCUAUUAUUAUGCCCCCUAGAUCGGAACUAAAAGAAAUGUUGGAACAUCCGCCCUGGUGGUUAUCUCUGUUCCUGGCUCGGUCAGUCAUGGCCAACAGAAUAUUUCUGUUGUGCCUAGUGCUCUCUAUAUCGUUCGCGUGUUAUUUUGAGAGUGUUGCGGGCACGCCCGGAAGAGGAGGCAGUAGCAGAGGAGGCGGCAGCAGAGGAGGAGGCAGCAGGGGAGGAGGCUCCUCAAGUUGGGGGAGAGGAGGAUCGUCUUCAAGUUCCGGGUCAAGUUGGUCGUCAUCGUACUCCAAACCGAGUUACCCAUCGUCUGGCGGCCUCUCCGGUUAUGGAUCUGGGUCUAAACCCAGCUACCCGUCCUCAUCUUCAGGCCUAUCGGGAAGUAACAGUUGGUCGUCAUGGAACUCCAAACCUAGUUACCCAUCGUCUGGCGGCCUCUCCGGUUAUGGAUCCGGGUCCAAACCCAGCUACCCGUCCUCAUCAGGAGGACUGUCUGGAUAUGGAAGUGGACAAAAGCCGAGCUACCCGUCGUCGUCGACGGGCCUGUCAGGCUCAGGAUCUGGAAGCUCUUCGUCUUCGGGUUCUAGUUGGUCUUGGUGGGGAUCCUCAUCAAACAAACAAACCAACAACAAGUACGGUAAUAACUACGCUACACCUCAUCAUACAGGAAAUCACGUUGUGAAUAAUCACAUCACUAAUAAUUAUCAUACUCCCAAUGUAUACCAUACUUCUCACCCCUAUUACUCAUCUCCGCAGUACGUGUAUGUGACUGAAUAUAGAAAUUCCGGCAGCCGCUACGGAGAUAUUUUGACGGGUUUAGCGUUGUACAACCUGGGACGCUCCCAAAGCCAUUAUCACGAUGACCAUUAUUACCAUGAUGACUAUUAUAGACGCCGUUACAACUCCGACUCAAUGAAUAGUAAUUACUCCCCUCAGAACGCGGCUGUCUGCACUAUGAAAAUCACUGAAAACGGAAGAGUUGAGACAUUGAAAAUACCUUGCGAAAUCGUCUCGACAUUCACUAAUGAGGGUAAGCUGGUUAAAAUGCCUCAAAGUCAAGUUAAUUCUACAACGUGUGUGACGAACUCUACUAUGGUGAACAGCACUGCACCUGUGAAUACGACCUCAGUAAAUGCAACCGUGUCAUCGAACGUGACAAUGAUCAACUCUACGACUUGCACAUUCACUGUCAACGCGACGGAUCCCCUUAAAGUGAAGGGACCUCCUAUAAACCCAUCGAAUAUGAAAUGCGAAGUGGAGGUCAGAACUAGAGAUCUCCUUACUAGUAAUAGUGUGGAUUGUAACACCUUGCUGCGUUACUCAAAAAUGCCUGAGCCCGCUAAGUCUGAUAAUACUAUAUUACCGGAAAGACAAAGAUUGAAGCAGAUUCUACAUAAUCCACCGUGGUGGAUGUCACUGUUCAUUGCUGUGUAAUUUACUACGUUUAUGUAUAAUGUUUUGAGUGAAAUUUGUACUUGCCAUGUGCAUCAUUAAAUAUAAUAACCCAAUAAAUGUAAAUAAUUAAGUUGUUUGCGUAUAUAAGCUUAAGAUACCACGAAACUGUUGUCUUAUCUACGAAAUGAGUUUAAAGGUUAACUGAUACGUGUUAAGAUCAUAUAAUAACCUUAUUUUUUAUUAAAGUUAUCAUUUUUAGGGUUCCGUACCCAAAGGGUAAAACGGGACCCUAUUACUAAGACUUCGCUGUCCGUCCGUCCGUCCGUCCGUCCGUCCGUCCGUCCGUCCGUCUGUCACCAGGCUGUAUCUCACGAACCGUGAUAGCUAGACAGUUGAAAUUUUCACAGAUGAUGUAUUUCUGUUGCCGCUAUAACAACAAAUACUAAAAACAGAAUAAAAUAAAGAUUUAAAUAGGGCUCCCAUACAACAAACGUGAUUUUUGACCAAAGUUAAGCAACGUCGGGAGUGGUCAGUAUUUGGAUGGGUGACCGUUUUUUUUUUUGCUUUUUUUUUGUUUUUUUUUGCAUUAUGGUACGGAACCCUUCGUGCGCGAGUCCGACACGCACUUGCCCGGUUUUUUUUAAUGCUAUUUAUUACCUACCUUAACUGCGUGUUAAUCUUUUCGAAAUGUAACAAUUAUCCCCCUUAUUCAUAAACGUUUACUAAAGUUGACAAGCCGAUAAUAAUCGUUUGUCCCUUUCCAUCAUACCAAUACGUCGGAAAGGGACAAACGAUUAUUAUCGGCUUGUCAACUUUAGUAAACGUUUAUGAAUAAGGGGGUAUGUCGAGAUUCUUGGUUUAAUAACUGUCAUACUCUCGGGAUAGUUACUGUUAAAUGUGCAUAUUUUACUCCAAACUGAUAAAAUAAUAAAAAUUAAAGUAGACGAUCAUUACUAUCUUGUUGUAGCACUUAAACGAGGUUGUGAUAUGGUUUUAAUGUAUAAAAACUGUUGUAACUCAUGUCAUGUGUAAGUAACUCUUGUGCUCAUAAAUAUGGUAACGAAAAUGUUGCUGUCCGUAACUGCCGCGUUAUCAUAAGAGCAGUAACUCUUUUUGAAAUGUCAUUCAAUUGUAUACUUUGUACUGGUACGAUAUGUUCUACAAUUGAAAGAGAUUUCAAAAUGAGUUACUGCUCUUAUGCUUAUUAGCGCGGCAGCACCGAUAUGUUGCUAUCCGCACAGGAUAUGUUUUUAGGUACUUAAUUGUUCAAAAUAAAAGUAUCAUAACUUGUUUGUAUAUUUAUUGAGAACUUAUGAUAUUUAUUCAUCUACUUUUAUACCUCCCGGUACAGCAUUUUUUUUACAUGUGCACGCCGCUUUUACAUAUAAACGUCACGCCGCGCUCACGCCCCGCCCGGAAAACGCGCCUGCGUGACGGAACCUUAAGACUCUUAAGUUACGAGGAUACACUGCGGCCGCUUCUCCAUACAAACGUAAUCUUCAUUUUCCUCUCUGGAUAUUGACAUUAUGGAAAACGUUUUAACAUAUUUUGAUGUAUAUUAACCAUAGAGAUGCCCUAUGUUUGACUUUUUUCGAUUUUUAAAUUUGUACAAAGUUGGGAGUGAAACAGAUUUCAUACAAAUUUUUUAAUGUUCCUAUAACUCUCAUAAUAAUAAAAAAAAUGAAACAAAAACAAACAGGGGCACAGCUGUGGUUGAUAUAUACAACAUGGCAGGUAGAUUUGAUAUCACUAGGCCUCUUUUUUUAAUACAAUGCUUAUAUCUUCUUGAGGCAUUUCUUCAUAAUUAACGCCUAAUAUUAAAUACCUACCUCUUUC